CAACAACUCCAUAUAAACACCAUCCCCAGCACCCUCUUCAGCAUGGCAAUCCCUUGACAACACCAGAAAUCUCAACCUCCACUACACCUACCAACAACUACCACAACACCAACACCAACAAUGUCCCACUCCCCUCCCUCCCCCUCCCCCUCUCCCUCCCGAUCCCCAUCACCACCAUUCCGCCCAUACCGACCACCACCACCCACCACCACCAACAACCACACAACGACAACAACAACAGACACCUCCAUCCUCCCCAACGGCCCAAAAUCCCUCUCCAGCAUCUCCCUCCACGCCUACCUCCUGGGCAUCCUCCUCGGCCUAACCAGCACCCUAACCCUCCUCCCCCUCAUCUACGGCGACCCCCUAUACACCCCCCUCUGGCGCAUCCCCUUCUUCCUCUCUUCGCUCUCCCUCUUCCACUUCCUCGAAUACUACACCACAGCCGCAUACAACACCCACUUCGCCACCGUCUCCGCCUACCUCCUCACCUCCAACGGCUGGACUUACCACAUCGCCCACGGCUCCGCCAUCCUCGAAUGUCUCCUCACGCACACCUACUUCACCGCCCGUCCGAUGCCGCUAUACCUGCCCCCCUCGCUCACAUCUUACCAAGUAGCCAUUGGCCUAUUCCUGAUGGUCCUAGGCCAGACGAUCCGCAGCGUGGCCAUGGCGCAAGCCGGCAGUAACUUUAAUCAUACGGUGCAGGUCACGAGACGGGAAGGGCAUGUGCUUGUCACGGGUGGUGUGUAUUCCAUCCUCAGACAUCCGAGUUACUUUGGCUUCUUUUGGUGGGGGUUGGGGACUCAGUUGGUUCUUGGGAAUGGGGUCUGCUUUUUGGCCUAUGCGGUUGUUUUGUGGAGGUUUUUUAGUGGGAGGAUUUGGAGGGAGGAGAAGUUCUUGGUUGCGUUCUUUGGGGAGGAGUAUGAGAACUAUAGGAAGAGGAGUUGGGUGGGGAUUCCGGGGAUUCAUUGAUUGAUUGGUGGUGCUUUAUAUUGGUAUCUUUGAGACUAUACAUAAUCAAUUGUUCUGGGUGGAGUUGGUAAAGAAGGGAGGGAUUGUAUGAUUUGGAUUUGUAGUCUGGUACAUAAGGAACAAAAAAGAAAAG